AUGAAUUUAGAUAACAUUAUUGGUGUUACAGUAAAAGUUACCAAUUUACUCGGUAAGGAAACUAUUGGGAGAAUAUAUUCUUUUAAUUCUGAAAGUGGUAAUAUAACUAUUUUAACAAGUGGUCAAAAGCAAAAUUCUAAUAACAAUAGUGGUAGUAGUAACAGUAACAAUAACGGUUUCUCCUUUAAAAUUUUUAAAAUAUCAUUUAUCAAGUCGAUUGAAUUUAUCAAUAAUACACAAUCGUCAGUUUCUUAUUUAAAAAAACAUCCAUUGAAGCCACAUUAUGUUGAUUUGGAAAGAGUAAAAAAUUUGUUAGAUGAACAAGUGAAAAUUACUGGCCAAAGAGAUUUGUUUUUAGGAAAGAAUGUUACUAAAGAAGGCCAAUUUAUCUUUGACAAGUUACAUAAAACUAUAUCUGAAAUAAAGUGGGAUAAUCGCACAAAAGAUAUUAUUCUCCUAGAAGAAGUUAAAAUCACGCCACCUUACAAAGUAAAAAAUAUCCAAGCAAUAGCACAUCACAACAAUGAUUCCGUUGAAUUUAUUUCCAAGAUAGUAGUAGACGCAUGGGAAAAACUGGACAAGGAACAAAUUAAUAGUAUAUAUAGCAAUAAAGAAAAGAGAAAAAAGGAUAAAUGA